AACUCAGUGGUUCCUCAACAAUUUUGGUCCACACAAAACCGCCAAAUUCAGUGGAUGCAAUGUUCUGUGCGUGAUUUCUCAUCUUGGAUAGACUACAGACAUUAUCCUAUCAUGACUGUCACACAAAUACAUGCUUACGGCGGAAAAUUAACGCAAAAUUUGAACAUGAGUUAUGGUAAAUGCAGGAUGUCUACAUACAAAUAUGCAAAGCUUUAUUUAUUACGCAGUACGCUAACCGAGCUGACACCGCAAGAACCGUCUUUAUAUUCUCAGUACAACAUAGAUAAUAGGGUGACAGUGAUCGACAUUCUGCAUGGUGGAUAUUAUCGUGUUAAAUAUGAUGGUAGAACCUGGGACCAAAUUGCAAAAUAUUUGAAUUCAUUAGCAUAUAAAAAUAUAAGUGCCAUCAAUCCUUAA